CCGCCCUGUCUCCCAGGCUCCUUUGCGGGUAAACAGACAUGGCCGACGAGGAAGAUCCCCGGGACGCUGCGCACAACAUGGGCAACCACCUGCCGCUGCUGCCUGCAGAGAGUGAAGAUGAGGAAGAUGAAAUUGAAAUGGAAGUCGAAGACCAAGAUAGUAAAGAAGCCAGAAAACCAAACAUCAUAAACUUUGACACCAGUCUGCCAACAUCACAUACAUAUCUGGGAGCUGAUAUGGAAGAAUUUCACGGGAGGACUCUACAUGAUGACGACAGCUGUCAGGUGAUCCCGGUCCUUCCGCAAGUGAUGAUGAUCCUGAUCCCGGGGCAGACGCUACCCCUGCAGCUGUCUCACCCACAAGAAGUCAGCAUGGUGCGCAAUUUAAUUCAGAGAGACAGAACCUUUGCAGUUCUUGCAUACAGUAAUGUGCAAGAAAGGGAAGCACAGUUUGGAACGACGGCAGAGAUAUAUGCUUAUCGAGAAGAGCAGGAGUUCGGAAUUGAAGUAGUGAAAGUGAAAGCAAUUGGACGACAGAGGUUCAAGGUCCUUGAACUUAGAACACAGUCAGAUGGAAUUCAGCAAGCUAAAGUGCAAAUUUUGCCAGAGUGUGUGUUGCCGUCAACCAUGUCUGCAGUUCAGUUAGAAUCACUCAAUAAGUGCCAGAUAUUUCCUUCAAAACCUGUCUCUUGGGAAGACCAGUAUUCAUGUAAAUGGUGGCAGAAAUACCAGAAGAGGAAGUUUCACUGUGCAAAUCUGACUUCAUGGCCUCGCUGGCUGUAUUCAUUAUAUGAUGCUGAAACAUUAAUGGAUAGAAUAAAGAAACAGCUACGUGAAUGGGAUGAAAAUCUCAAAGAUGAUUCUCUUCCUGCAAAUCCUAUAGACUUUUCUUACAGAGUAGCUGCUUGUCUUCCUAUUGAUGAUGUGUUGAGAAUUCAGCUCCUUAAAAUUGGCAGUGCUAUUCAACGACUUCGCUGUGAAUUAGACAUCAUGAAUAAAUGUACUUCCCUUUGCUGUAAACAAUGUCAAGAGACAGAAAUAACAACCAAGAAUGAAAUAUUUAGUUUAUCCUUAUGUGGCCCAAUGGCAGCGUAUGUGAAUCCUCAUGGAUAUGUACAUGAGACACUGACUGUGUAUAAAGCUUCCAACCUGAAUCUGAUAGGUCGGCCUUCUACAGUACACAGCUGGUUUCCUGGGUAUGCAUGGACCAUUGCCCAGUGUAAGAUUUGUGCAAGCCAUAUUGGAUGGAAAUUUACAGCCACCAAAAAAGAUAUGUCACCUCAAAAAUUUUGGGGCUUAACUCGCUCUGCUCUGUUACCCACAAUUCCAGAAACUGAAGAUGAAAUAAGUCCAGACAAAGUAAUACUUUGUUUGUAAGUGCAUUGUAGGGAUAACUUCCUAACAAAUUGUUUCCUCAAGUCAGAUCUGCCCCAGACACCACUGCCUCUGAUGUAUGUGUAUAGUGGUUUCAGCGUUUGACUACCAACUUCAAGAGCACACUUGUUCAGAGGAUGAAAAAGCAGCAUAAAACACACGGUUGGAUUCAGAAGUAUCUGCUUUAGUAGCUUGGUGCCAUUAAUUAUCCUGUUGAAUAUGUGUCAUUGAGAGGGCAAGAAAACAUGUUUGAAAUGAUGAGAAUGGCUGUGGAACAGGAUAAGGGCACCACGGUUCUAAAUGAUGAAUGUUCCAGAAGCUAGGUUGGCAAGCACAAGACAGAGGCAAGGCAGUGUAUAUUAUUUUGAAAGGAACAAAGUCCUUUUAAUUUUCUUUAGCUUGUCUGAGAUACUGAUUUGUAAAUUUUGAAAAUAUUAAAAGAGUAAAAUAAGCAGUUUGAAAAAAAUAGCAUUUUGUGUAUUUGCACUAUUUAUUUGAUAACCCUGUCAUGUGUAAGACCCCUUUAAAUAGUAGUAUAUGUGCAUUUUGAAUUUAAAUUAACAGUAUAUAUUUCUGGGAUUAUACCGUUUUGGAAAUAAAAGUUAAAGCAAUUGAAGGGCAUCUUUAAAUAAAAGUGGCCAAAAACCAAUA